AUGGCCUCCAGAAAAGACAUGCGCCGCGCCGACCUGAUCGUGCCCUAUGCCGAGCCAGAGAAGGGCAAGGAUGACAACGACAUGUCGAGCACGCUCUCGAGCACACUGCCCAUGGCUGCUGUAAGUGCUGCUCUCUCGAUCCCAUGUUGCACCGCUGAUAUCGUCUCCCAGAUCUUCACGCGGAACAAGUAG